UCUCUCAAUGGCAUGACCACACUGGAGUCACCAGACUCCCAGGGGCUACAUCUGGGGCCCAGGCACCCCGCAGAGUCGGCCCUGCCCAUGCAGGGUGAGUGCAGGAGGCGUGGGGCCCUCGCCUGCUCUCCCACCUCACCUGCCCUCCAUGCGCUGGGCUCCUAGCUCCGCCUCCCUCUCCCUCCUCGGUGGGCGGACCCCCCCAUCAGCCCCAGGGGAACACGGAGAGACGCUUCCGGAGUCUGCGUGGUCCCUGGCCGUGGGCAGGGGCGCAAGAAUCCGGCCAGCAAUCAGGGACAAUUUUGUCUCAAAGGCCGCCAAACGCGACAGGAGGGGCUGCACGAGGGGCCGCCAAGUCGGCAGCCUUGAGGGACGGUCUCUGGCAACGGGAUCUUGAAAACGUGGGGGGAGGUGGAGGGGCCAGUCGCCGGCGCAGGGACUGCGGCGGGGGGCUGCCACGUGGCACCCACGCGGCGCGCGGACCUGGACGAAUCACAAGGCCCAGGUUGCCGGGGCAGCGGCGGGCAGUGCUGGUGGGCGGCGCGGGGAGGUGGGCUCUGUGAGGAGUAGCGGGGUGCCGAGCACCAAGGGAACCUUGCGGCUGGGCCUGCCCCGACGCCAUGGGCACGAAUGUCGCCCCGAAGUGGUUCAGCGGGGCGCCUUUUGGCGUGCAGAGCCACAGGUUCGACGUGUCCGCUGUCUACCCCAACCAGAAGAAGUACAGCACCUUCACGGAGGCCCCGUAUUCUCGGCGCUACUCCGAGGAGGUGUCCCACAUAGGACCAGGGACCUACAGCUCCAAGGAGACCUGCUUCAGCAAGAAGAAGCUGAGGAAGGAGGUGGGCACAGGCUGGGCCCGGGCCCAGGAAGCCACGCGGCUGACCCAGCUGCCCCACUUCCAGUACCAGGCCAUCCUGAAAGAGAAGCAGCAGCAGGGACAGAAGCUGGGGCCCGGCUCCUACAACAUCAAAGACUUCCUGCAGCUGCUGCAGCACAAGCCGUGCAGCACGCGGGGGCUGCUGAGCUCCGGGGAGGCGCGCUUCCGGGGCUUCAUUGGGAACUACUACCCAGGCCCUGGGAAUUAUGGGGAGCGAGGUAACCCCUACACGCGGCUGGAGGAGAAUGCCUGGAACCGGUCCCACUCCGAGGGCCUGCUGUGCAGGAUGAGCAAGAAGCCGUCCCCCCUGGCUCACCAGGGCAGUGGCCUAGGACCCGGCACCUACACCCUCAAGAGCAGCAUCGACACCUACGUGGCUCGGUCCAUCGGCACCCGCGGCCCCUAUGACAUCUUCUCUGGCGAACGGAGUGAGCCGCUGCCUUUCGGUCAUUACUCUGUGCAGAAGAAAAAGGCUAGGGAACUGAUGAGUUUCAGGAGCUUCGUGGAAGAACUGAACUCACGUCACAACAAGAAUCGUGGCAUUUUCUCAAAACUUCCCCGCAACCCGGAGACACCCACGGAGAGGAUCUACUGGGCCACCGUCAGCCAGUGUCCCCGGAAGCUGGCCACGUCUGGCCCUGGCUCGUGGCUUCCACAGGAGAAGAAGUGCCAGUACGCCAGCCUGCCCCCCUUCCUCCUGGCCUCCAAGCGGACCAGCAUCAAGACCUACCAGAACCCCGUAGGUGUGGGCCGCUACUUAAACACCAGGCUGAUGGAGACCAAGGAUAGACGGAAGCGAUACCGGUCCCUGUUCCUGGGAGUUUCCAAGCGCUACCUCUCGGACCCAGCCCGGGACACCCUCAUGCAGUGAGUGCCGCUGGAGCCCAGGGAGAGGAGCUUGCUCUUGGGCGGGCUGGGGUUGCCCAGGCUGGACCCCCUGGGGAGCACAGCUGCCGCUGGCUAAUGCCAGCCAAACAGCAGAGAUGUCCAAGCUCGGAGCCUGGCUCUGCCACUGGCAGGCUGUGUGAGUGGGGGGAGCUGCCGAAGCUCUCUGAGCCCAUUCCCUUCCCCUGUCAAAGCGCAGAUGGCCGAAGAGACGCAAAUGAGAUGAUCUAAGCUCUUAGCAAGGAAGAGGCUCUCAAUCAGCAUCAGCCCUCCCCCCACAGCCCACGGAGGCUGGGCCCUGCCCUGAGUGGCCUUGCCACCGAGAAUCUGUCUGGUGGUGGGGUUGGAGGAGGCUGUUGUGAAGCCUGAGAAAGAAAAGGCGAGGAAAUGCAGGGGCAAACUCCGCGGCAGCUUGCAAGUGUUGGCUGCUGCCGUGUUUUAUGGUCCCAAGAGGCUGUCAGUGGCAACCUACUUGCAACUUCAAAAUGUUAGUGUGAAUAAACAUGCACUUUAGGAUUGAGCUUUUUGUUUUUUUGCACAUUAUGGUGAGAUCAAGAGGACUGCAUUCAGGGGAAGCCAGCUUUGAAAUGUGAUUUUUUUGGGGGCUGGUGCCGUGGCUCACUAGGCUAAUCCUCCGCCUUAUGGUGCCGGCACACCGGGUUCUAGUCCUGGUUGGGGCGCCGGAUUCUGUCCCAGUUGCCCCUCUUCCAGGCCAGCUCUCUGCUAUGGCCCGGGAGUGCAGUAGAGGAUGGCCCAAGUACUUGGGCCCUGCACCCCAUGGGAGACCAGAAGCACCUGGCUCCUGCCUUCAGAUCAGCAUGGUGCGCCGGCUGCAGCAUGCCGGCCACAGC